UGGAAACUUCCUGGAUAUGGAGCCGAGUUCAGGCAGCGUGGGGAGCUGCGAGGCUGCAGCCUGGGAGGCUUAGACAGGCAGGAAGGAAGCCUCUCACCCCACCUCCUGCCCCGGCCUCCUUCCUACCCCGGGCCGAGGAGACGCUCCGCUUCCUGGUGUGAGCUCAAGAGCCGCGGCGCCGCUCGGAGACCCGCAGCUGGAAGUUGAAGGAGGAGGAGGAGGAGGAGGAGGAGGAUGGUGGAGGGAGACAGCGGCCGCCGGCAGCUGACCCCGCAGCAGCAGCAGCAGCAGCAGCAGCAGCAGCUCCUCCGCCCGUAGAGGAGCCACCGAGGCGGCCAUGGAGCAGCAGGAGGAGCCGCAGCCCGAGCAGCAGCAGGACGGAGCCGAGGAGGCGUCCAGCUCCACAUCCACCUCCACGUCGUCCCCCGCAGCCUCCAACACGGAGCCGCCCCCGGAGACCCCGGCGGCGCCCCGCUGCCAGCACAACAGCAGGACCUUCACCGGCCUCAGGAUCUUCUGCAGGAGGAAAGCCAUUGCGAAGUCGGGCCUUCAGCACGCCGGGACUCAGCCCAACGUGUCGACGUCUCAGAGCGACUCGCUGCAGGAGCUGAGCAGCAGCGUCGACUGGACCGAUAACGCCCAGUUCGGAGACCACAUCUGGUUUGAGACCAGCGGCUCCGGAGACUUCUGCUACGUCGGAGAGCAGUACUGCAUCGCCAAGUCUCUGCAAAAGUCCGUUGGGAGGAAGAAAUGUGCCGGAUGUAAGAUCUCGGUGCACACCAUGUGCAUGGAGCAGCUAGAGAAGAUUAAUUUCAGGUGCAAACCGUCGUUCAGGGAACCAGGAUCUCGAGCCAUUCGAGAGCCCAACGUUGUUCGACACCACUGGGUCCACAGGAGGCGUCAGACCGGGAAGUGUCGACAGUGUGGGAAGGGCUUCCAGCAGAAGUUUUCAUUUCACAGCAAAGAGAUCGUCGCCAUCAGCUGCUCGUGGUGCAAACAGGCGUACCACAACAAGGUGACGUGCUUCAUGCUGCAGCAGAUCGAGGAGUGCUGCUCUCUGGGCGCUCACGCUGCCGUCAUCAUCCCGCCCACCUGGAUCAUCAGGGUACGCAGGCCUCAGACGUCUCUGAAGUCCAGUAAAAAGAAGAAAAGGACGUCGCUGAAGUGCAACAAGUCGAGCAAGAAGGGAGCCGAGGUCCAAGAUGGCCGCUGGAAGCCCUUCCUGGUGAAGCCAGUUCCGUCUCAGCUCAUGAAGCCUCUGCUGGUGUUUGUGAACCCAAAGAGUGGCGGCAACCAGGGAGCAAAGAUCAUCCAGUCCUUCAUGUGGUACCUGAACCCUCGGCAGGUGUUUGACCUGACGAAGGGAGGACCAAAGGAAGGGUUGGAGUUGUAUGCCAAAGUGCCAAACCUGAGGAUUCUGGCCUGUGGAGGAGACGGCACGGUGGGCUGGAUCCUGUCGGUUCUGGACCAGUUGAAGCUCCGUCCUCCGCCUCCUGUCGGCAUCCUUCCUCUGGGGACCGGCAACGACCUGGCCAGGACCCUCAACUGGGGAGGAGGCUACACCGAUGAACCCAUCACAAAGAUCCUCUCACACGUGGAGGACGGAAACGUCGUUCAGCUGGACCGAUGGAACCUGAACGUGGAGGCGAAUCCAGAGGCCCGAACCGAGGAGAGGGACGAACACCAGACAGACAAGCUUCCAAUCGACGUCUUCAACAACUACUUCAGUCUGGGCUUCGACGCUCACGUCACACUGGGCUUCCAUGAAUCCAGAGAGGCGAACCCGGAGAAGUUUAACAGCCGCUUCAGGAAUAAGAUGUUCUAUGCAGGGACAGCCUUCUCAGACUUCCUAUCAGGCAGCUCCAAAGACCUCGCCAAGCACAUCAAAGUGGUGUGUGAUGGUACAGACCUGACAGCCAAAGUUCAGGACCUGAAGCUGCAGUGUCUGCUCUUCCUCAACAUCCCCAGGUAUUGUGCCGGCACCAUGCCGUGGGGUCACCCCAGCGAGCAUCAGGACUUCGAACCUCAGCGCCACGACGACGGCUGCAUCGAGGUCAUUGGUUUCACCAUGACGUCUCUGGCCACACUGCAGGUGGGCGGUCACGGCGAGCGACUCCACCAGUGCAAAGAAGUGACCCUCACCACCUACAAGUCCAUCCCCAUGCAGGUGGACGGCGAGCCCUGCAAGCUGGCUCCAUCCAUCAUCCACAUCAAUCUGAGGAACCAGGCCAACAUGGUGCAGAAGGCCAAGAGGAGGAUCUCCAUGCCCCACCUCAACGAUCAGCAGCCUGUUCCUGAGAAGCUGCAGAUCAGGGUGAACAGGAUCAGCAUGGCAGCAUAUGAGGCUCUGCAUUACGACAAGGACCAGCUGAAGGAGGCCUCAACGCCGCUGGGAGUCAUCACCGUCCCUGGAGACAGCGAUCUGGAGACCUGCCGUCUGCUCAUUGAGCGACUGCAGGACAACCUGGACCAGGACUGUGAUGAGAUGAAAGGAGAGUGUCUGUCUUCACAAAAACUCUCAAUGAAGUGGUGUUUCCUCGACUGUACGACUGCAGAUCGUUUCUACAGGAUCGACCGAGCUCAGGAACACCUGAACUACGUGACGGAGAUCUCUCAGGAGGAGCUCUACAUCCUGGACCCGGAGCUGGUCGCCAAGGAGACGGUGGGCACCUCCCCCGGCAUGCCAGACCUGGUGGACUCGGAGGAGCAUCAGGACCAGCAGAGGCAGUUCGCCUUCCCCUGCUCACCAACCUCCCCCACCUCCUCAGCCACACCCAGGGCCAGAGAAUUUCAGAGGAAGAGGAUUUCCAGUGACAGUUCGGUGGCCGAUGCUUUGUCCCAGAGCUCCUCGAAGACCACCCUCUGCAGGAGAGGAGCAAAGAUUAUCAAUGUCCAUCGCUCCAACACCACGCUGGCUGAUUUCAGACCCAUCAUUAGAUCUUCCACUGCUACCUCACAAGACCCUGAAAAAGAUGCAGAGCUAAUCAGCUGCAUCAAGGAUCAGGACCUGAACAGGCUGACGGAGCUCCACCAGCAGGGGGCGGACAUCCUGCUGCAGGACGCAGACGGCUGCACGCUGCUGCAUCACGCCGUGGAGGCCGGCUGCAAGGACAUCGUCAAGUACCUCAUUGAAAACGUGCCCACGUCUCACCUGGAUGUGACGGAGAAAGAGACAGGUGAGACGGCGCUACAUAAAGCUGCCACCAGCUGCCAGAGGAGCAUCUGUCACUUCCUGGUGGAGGCCGGAGCGUCGCUCAUGAAGACAGACCUGCAGGUAAACCAGCUCACCUGUGGUCAUAUUUGCAUUUCCUAUCCACUGUUUAUAGUCACAGAAACAUGUUGCGGUCACAGAAACAUGCAUGUCAUGGUUCCCCUUCACUAGCUAAUUACCCACAAUGCUUCCUGCUUGGCAACACAAAACUUGCCCGUCUUCUCUGGUACAGUCUUACUCCUGAUCCAGUGUUAGACCCCCGUCACAGAGUCUCCUGCAGAGCUGAGAGAACACCUGCUCACAGUCACUGGUACCAGUUCAACAGGAUGUGCCGGUUCAGUUUUCAUGUCUGGAGCUGCUUCAGGCGUCAUGUUAUGUAAAAACUCAUAAAGACACAAAGUGAGUCUUAAUGGAAGCCGGGAUUCCUCAAAUCAUUCGCAUGUUUCCACGACUACGUUUAUUUCAAAGACGACACGAAGAAACGUCUCGAAC